AUGGAUGAAUUAGAACGUCGACGAAUUGAAGCGUUCAUUGACGAUUUCGAUGAUAAUGAAGAUAUUUGGGGAGGGAACUCAAGUGACGAAGAAGAGGAUAAUGUUGAAAUGUUACAAAAAGAUCAUAACACUGAUACUGAACAAUCCGAUAUUUCUGAUGAAGAAAACUCAGAACAGGCAGAAUAUAAUUUCGUAGAUAAUGCGAUUAUAAACGAUGAUAAUUACCAUGAAUCAGAUGAUGAGUUACCACUUAGCAUGAGAAUGUUGCCAUACUAUAUUGGGAAAGAUGGAACUAGGUGGAAUAAACGUGCGCCAAACCAGAGAGUUCGCACGUCUAAAAAAAAUUAUGUUACGGAAAAAUCAGGUGUUUCUCCAACUAUUAGAAACAAAACAAAUAUUCUUGAAUGCUGGCAAGUGUUUUUUACAAAACCCAUGUUAGAUACAAUAGUAAAUUGCACCAAUAUAUAUAUAUCAAAGGCACGUGCAAGUUAUAGUCGCGAACGUGAUGCAUCGGAUACCGACUACAAAGAAAUAAAAGCAUUGAUUGGAAUUUUAUACAUGACGGGGGCUAUGAAAUGUUCUCAUAGAAGUUCGGAAGAUUUGUGGCAAAGUGAUGGAACCGGAGCAGAUCUAUUUGCUUGCGUAAUGUCAGAAAGACGAUUUCGAUUUUUAUUACGAUGUAUAAGGUUUGAUGAUAUUCGUGGGCGUACUCAAAGAAAAGAAAUAGAUAAGAUUACACAUAUUCGGUGGAUUUUUGAAAAUUUUGUCAGUAACUGUAAGAAAUCAUAUUCAAUAUCAGAAUACGCAUGUGUUGAUGAAAAGCUACAAUCAUUUCGUGGUCGAUGCUCAUUUCGGCAUAAUUUAGAAAUUUAUGCAGGCAAGCAGCCAGAUGGCCCAUUUUCAAUCGACAAUUCUGCAAGUGAAGUAGUAAAACGGUUAGUGUCUCCAAUAUCUAAAACUGGUAGAAAUAUAACGGCAGAUAAUUGGUUUGCGAGUGUAUCAUUAGCUGAAGAACUUUUGAAAAAUCAUAAUCUUACAUUAGUAGCUACAAUAAAGAAAAAUAAAAGAGAGAUUCCAAAAGAAUUUCUUGUUACUAAAAAUAGGGAACUUUGUUCUUCUUACUUCGGAUUUCAGAACAACAUGUCAAUAGUAUCAUAUAUGCCGAAAAAAAAUAAAAUUGUACUAGUUUUGUCAACAAUGCAUAGUAGUAAAACUAUAGAUGAAAGUUCAGGCUUAGCAAAAAAACCAGAAAUUAUAACAUUUUAUAAUGCCACAAAAGGUGCAGUUGAUAAUAUGGACAGGAUGACAGAAAACUAUACAGUAGCAAGACGGAUUAAUGCGGAAGAUUUUAUCAUUCCUGAAGACAGAGAUCCAGAUGCAAUUGAUGCUUGGAGCAGACAGUUGGAAUUGGAGAAUAUUCCAUUUGAACCAGUCGAAAUUGUCCUUCCUACCUUAGACAAUCAGGAUUCAAAAUGUAUUAUAUGCAUAGAGGCUGACAGAGCACUCGCAUUCAUUUCAUGUUGCCUUAAGAUUUUAUGUGGUGAUUGUGUGAAUUUUUUAGAACCAAAACGUUGUCCUGCGUGUAGUGAACAUUUCACUAACUCGCUUAGAAUUUGGUAA